AUGAUAAAUCCCACAUACGAGGAGCCGACUUACAAAAUUAUUCUUCUUGGCAAUUCAGGAGUUGGUAAAACAUGCAUUGCUAAGAGGUGGACACAAAAUCUCUAUACAGAUGGCAUUGAACCUACUUUAGGAUCUGCAAAUUAUUUUAAAGAAGUUUCUCACAACGAUCAAAUUAUCAAAAUUUCUCUUUGGGAUACAGCAGGCCAGGAACAGUUUAGAUCAAUUGCACCAAUCUAUGUUCGUGGCAGUCAUUGCGCCAUUAUUGCGGUUUCUAGCAUUGACUUCGAGUCAAUGCAUUCUGUUUCACAAUGGAAGGAACUCUUAGAUAAAGAUCAGGAAAAUCCAAUUCCAGCAAUUCUCGCAAUUACCAAAAUUGAUCUUGAACCAACCUAUGAUCUAGAGCAGUCUAUUGAGCAAAUCAAAGACAAAUUCAAAUACAUAUUCUACGUGUCUGCAAUGAACGGAUCUGGAAUUGAAGACUUAUUUGUACAGGCAGCAAUUCUAGCUAGAGAAUUUGGACUUAAAGAAAAACACGAACCAAUUGCUGCUGAAAAUACUACUCCUGUUAAAGAUAGCUCAUAUUGUUGCUAA